AUGGAAACUUUAUUCAAUUUGUUACGAAUACGACAUAAUCCUCAGCCAGAAACGGCAUUUAUACCGGCGCAAAGUCUCGUUCCGACUAAUACAUGCAAGAAGUCACUUAUAGCUUGUCUAUUACUUAUUCAACUUUACACUGUUUGCAGUUUUAUAAUCUGGAAAUGGUGGGACUUCUUGAGGAACCACCUUUUCCUCUUUGGAUUUGCGAUAAGCUUCACCUAUGCUGUUGAGAUUCGUAUUUUGUUUAGCAAGCACGUAACGCCUGACAUUCUUGCAAGACUCUUGGUUACCGGUUACUUGUCAACAUAUGUUGCUCUAGUUAUUAUGAAAUCUGAAAAAGAAUAUCCAACUAUGGGGCAAAGUGGUAUAUUCUUGAUUUGCAUAUUCAGGCCAUAUAUUACGAGUAAAAAGCCGCUAUGGUUUGAACGAAUUUUUUAUUUCGCCUUCGAUUUGAUAUUGCUGUUUGUAAUUAUUUGGGCUAUCGAUCGACAAGGAGGAAGAGUCGAUAUGAUGGCAUAUAAUAAGAAAAUUAUACGUGAAACUGUUCAGGCUCUAAGCCAUGAGCUUAGAACACCAAUUCAUGGAAUUCUUGCCAGCGCUGAAUUUCUUGAAAGUUCUACGUUAAGUGACUUUCAAAGAACAUUGAUUGAUACCGUUCAAAGUUCUGGGUGCAAUUGGAUACAAAUAAUUGAUCGAGUUUUAGCCUCUCUGGAUAUGGAAUCACAGGGUGUGUCACGGGCCCUAUCUUUCAAUUUGUACCGAGCUAUGGACGAGAUAUGUGCUGGAAUGGCCGUACUCUUCGAAAAGAAAAAUAUUGAUAUAUUUCUACAUUACAAAGUGCCUUGGUCAUCGUCUGUGCUUGAGGGUGAUGUUGGAAUAAUAAAACAAAUUAUUUUAAGUCUUUUUGGUUUCAUGGACAGCGCCACUUCACAUGAAACGAUUGUCUUUAUUGUUGAUUCGAAAGAAAGCGAAAAAGGACAUCUUAAUGUUUUAUUUGACAUCCAAGCAUAUGGCGAAGUUGCGGAAGUGAAUUUAAACGAUGAUACAGCGACCUCGUUGAGUUCCGCACAAGAUCGAAAAAAUAUAGAUUUCACAAGAGGCCUUAUUGAAAUGAUUGGCGGAAAAUUGUGUAUCGAGCAGAAACAGCGCACGGAGGGGGGACAACAAAUAGUUCCGGUUCUUCGAUUCAAGGUUUCGAUAAAAUUACCAAUUAGCGAAGACGAAGUCGAAAUGACCAAUCAGGAUAGACUAAUGCCUUCCAAAUAUUUAACUAAAAAAUUGCCCGAAGACAUAGAUUUGUGUUCGAUCCUGAGAAUAGGUGUUCUCAUCGACUCACUAUUUCCAGAAGCUUUAAAUAUCCAAAAGAUACUUCAGCAAGAUUUCAGUCUUUCGUCAAUUAUAAUUUCUUCGUUAGAAGAAAUUAAAAUCGACGAAAACAAGAAAGACUCUAUUAAUACAAUAAUCAUUGAUACUAGCCUUUUUUCGCGGGAACAACUCAUGAUUCUUGCGGAUUCUUUUUCCAAAAAAAAGCAAAUAGUGUCAGUGUUAUUUGUUAGAUUAUUGCAACAGGAGAAAAUCUAUAUUAUCUUUGAGAAUGCAGGAUUUGAGAAAAGGAGGUUUCAUUCGAUUAUUAAGCACAAACUUUUAGUUAUUUGGAAUUAG